AUGAACCCGCAAAUGGCAGGAUACGGGCAAUAUCCACAGCAGGGCUGGCCACAACCUGGAGUUCCACCAGCGGCACCUCUGGGGCCUCCAAUGAAUGGUGGUGGACAGCAGCCACAACACUUGGCUAAUCAAAUGCAAAGCAUGGCCCUUGGUGGAGGCCCACCAAAGGUUGGCGGACCUCCUCCUCCGGCCAUGGGGGUGCUACCACCUUCAGCUACAGGCCUUGGCGCGGCUGGCUACCCGCCGGUGCCUCAGCAACAGCAACCUCAACAACCACCGCUCCAGCAAGGACCGCCACCCGGCAUGGUCAAUGGCCCACCGGGAACUUUAAGCGGCGGAACUGCUGGUGUGGGAAGACCGCCACUGGCACCUGCGACCAAUUACGGCCAGACAAAUGGGCAUCAAAUGAGUGCUCCUUCGCCAACAUCCGCUCCGGCACAGUAUGGUGGUGCGUCUUUACCGCCGAUGCCUUCAGCCGGUGGUCCGCCGAGGCCAGGGCAGCCCUUUCCUCCGCAACAACAACCAGCCUAUCCCGGAGGUCCACCGGUGAAUGCCGGAUAUACUCAACAACAACAACAGCAGCAGCAGCAGCAGGUGCAUCAAGCAGGAUUCGGAGGUCCCGGAAUUCCUCCUCCUGUAGGUGGCCACCCGCAGCAGCAACAACAACAACGGCAGGGACAGUAUCCCCCG